UUUCAAUUUAGUCCACAUUCCUCCUAAUUGAAUGGCUUGUCUUCUCCGCGUGGCUCUAAACCCUACAUUCGAAAGAUCAACGGUCGCUUCACAGAGACAAAAUCCAAAGACCAUUCUAAGUUUUCAUUGCAAAGUUUCGAGCUUUAAGACCAAAACGAUGUCCCAAUCUUUUGCUCCUCGCGAGAAACUCAUGAGAAAGUGUCGAGAGAAAAAAGAAGCAGAACGAGAAGCAGAACGAGAAGCAGAACGAGAAGCAGAAGAAGAAGAAAAAGCAGAAGAAGCAGAAGCAGAAGCAGACAAAGAAGAAGCAGAAGAAGAAUCAGAAGAAGAAGAAGAAGAAGAAGAAGAAGAAGCAGAAGCAGAAGAAGAAGCGCUUGGAGGAGAUAUAGAGGAUCUCUUUAGUGAAAAUGAAACUCAGAAAAUCAGAAUGGGUUUGCUUGAUUGGUACGAUGUGAAUAAGAGAGAUCUUCCAUGGAGGAACAGAAGAAGUGAAAGUGAAAAGGAGAGAAGAGCUUAUGAGGUUUGGGUAUCGGAGAUUAUGCUUCAGCAAACUAGGGUUCAGACUGUAAUGAAGUAUUAUAAACGUUGGAUGCAGAAAUGGCCAACCAUUUAUGACCUUGGUCAAGCUUCUCUUGAGGAGGUAAACGAAAUGUGGGCAGGUUUGGGAUACUAUCGGCGGGCACGUUUUCUUUUAGAGGGUGCAAAGAUGGUUGUUGCAGGGACGGAGGGUUUCCCUAAUCAAGCGUCUAGCUUGAUGAAAGUUAAAGGAAUAGGACAGUACACAGCCGGAGCAAUUGCCUCAAUUGCUUUCAAUGAGGCAGUACCUGUUGUUGAUGGAAAUGUGAUAAGAGUGCUUGCUAGAUUAAAAGCCAUCUCAGCUAAUCCAAAAGACCGACUUACGGCCAGGAAUUUCUGGAAACUAGCUGCUCAGCUAGUGGAUCCUUCACGCCCUGGAGAUUUCAACCAAUCUCUGAUGGAGCUUGGUGCUACACUAUGCACUGUAUCAAAGCCAAGUUGCUCUUCUUGUCCUGUUUCCAGCCAAUGUCGUGCAUUUUCACUUUCCGAGGAAAACAGAACGAUUUCCGUGACAGAUUAUCCUACAAAAGUAAUCAAGGCCAAGCCAAGGCACGACUUUUGUUGCGUUUGUGUUUUGGAGAUACAUAAUCUGGAGAGGAACCAAUCAGGAGGUAGAUUUGUUCUUGUAAAAAGACCCGAACAAGGUCUGCUUGCUGGUCUUUGGGAGUUCCCAUCUGUUAUAUUAAAUGAGGAAGCUGAUUCGGCAACAAGGAGGAACGCAAUAAACGUCUACCUUAAGGAAGCAUUUCGUUUUCAUGUAGAACUCAAGAAAGCAUGCACUAUAGUUUCAAGAGAAGAACUCGGAGAAUUCGUCCACAUAUUCACUCACAUUCGUCGAAAAGUUUAUGUGGAGCUAUUAGUUGUACAACUUACAGGCGGAACCGAAGAUCUGUUCAAAGGUCAGGCAAAGGACACUCUAACAUGGAAGUGUGUGAGCAGUGAUGUUCUUUCUACCUUGGGACUGACAUCAGCUGUUAGAAAGGUGUAUUCAAUGGUUGAAGCACACAAGCAAGGCUUAUCUGUUUCUCAUGUCUCAUCAAAUAGAACAGCCAUAUCGAGGAAACGAAAAUUCUCAUGAUCUCCUUCUCACACUUUUCUUCAUGUUGCUUAGCUUCUAUAGUUCUUGUCUAGCAUUGGGAAUCAAAUUUGGUGAUCUUGGUUUGAAAUUGAACAGCUUAGUUUCUACUGAGAAAAGUGACGGUGAUGUGUGAUCCCUCCAGAGUCCAGGGGUUGAUUAUGUAUUUUGGGCUAACAAAUAUUAAAAAAAUGGAUUGUUAAGGCCCAACUUAAGCCCAGAAAUAAAUUCAGUCAGUGGAUUCAUAUAAUCGCGUGGACUCUUUCUUCCAAAUGAUUUACAUAAAGAGUCAAAAGUCCUUGAACUUCACGUACGAAGACUUGUCA